GGCUACAUUUACAUAUACAACUAGUUAGUAUAUUAAACUAGUCGGCCGGCGUCGUUGUAACCUCAUUUUUGUUGUGAAGUGUGUGAAGAUAGGACACCACCAUGAAAUCCUACAUACCAUACAAUGCGGAUACGGACUUUCCGAUACAAAAUCUGCCUUACGGAGUCUUCACUUCGCCUAAAAACACCGAUAAGCACAUAGGUGUGGCGAUCGGAGAAUGGAUAUUGGAUCUGAAUGUGGUUUCCCAUUUGUUCAACGGACCUCUACUCAAAGACAAACAAAAUGUUUUUAAGGAGGAGAAACUCAACUCUUUUAUGGGACUCACCAAACCCCAUUGGAUCGAAGCAAGGAACACCAUACAGAGUCUCCUAGAUGAAUCCAACACCACAUUACAAAGUGAUAGCGCACUCAGAGAGAAGGCAUUCGUGAAACAGAGCGACGCUCAGAUGCACGUCCCCGCGGAGAUCGGCGACUACACGGACUUCUACUCGUCCAUACACCACGCCACCAACGUGGGCAUCAUGUUCCGCAGCAAGGAGAACGCGCUCAUGCCAAACUGGAAGUACAUUCCCGUAGGCUACCACGGAAGGUCCAGUUCCAUAGUGAUAUCGGGCACCCCCAUCAGACGACCUUUCGGACAAACACUACCAGUGGAAGGUGCAGACCCAUUCUUCGGUCCUUGCCGUCUGAUGGAUUUCGAGUUAGAAAUGGGUUGCUUCGUAGGCGGUCCGCCCACUGCACUGGGAGAAAGAGUUACGGCGCAACAGGCCAAUGAUAGGAUCUUUGGAUUCGUCCUCAUGAACGAUUGGAGUGCCAGAGACAUCCAGAAGUGGGAGUACGUUCCGCUGGGCCCCUUCACGGCCAAGAACCUGGGCACCUCCAUAUCCCCAUGGGUGGUGCCGGUGGAAGCCCUUCAGGCCGCCCUUAUAGACAACUACCCGCAAGACCCGAAACCGUUCCCCUACUUGAAGCACGAAGACAAAUUCAACUUCGACAUCAAACUGGAGGUGGACUUGAAAUCGGAGAAAUCGCCAGUGUCGACGACCAUAUGCCGUUCCAACUACAAAUUCCUGUAUUGGACGGCCAAACAGCAAUUAGCACAGCAAACUAUCACCGGCUGUAACAUUAGACCGGGAGAUCUGCUCGGCUCUGGCACUAUCAGUGGAGAUACUGUCGACUCAUACGGCAGCAUGUUAGAGCUAGCGUGGAAGGGAACCAAACCCAUCCGCCUUCUGAACGGAGAGGAAAGAAAGUUUAUCCAAGAUGGCGACACUGUCACAUUACGCGGACACGCCGUCGGACAAGAUGGCGCUAGAAUCGGCUUCGGCAAAUGCGAGGGAACUUUGCUGCCUGCGACGCCUUUCGAAUGAUAUAAUAAUAUGUAAUAGAGUUCAGCUACAUUAUGGUACUCGUUUUCUUGCCUUGUAUUAAUUUUUAAUUUUGUAUUACCAACUAAAUAGUAUGAAACCUGCCUGAUGGUUAACCGUGGCUCUUAUAAUAUAAGAUAAACACUUACCUUAGAUUAAAACAUAAACGGAAGAUACGGCACUCGCGGCUCAAAAGUGAUCCGCUUAAAUUGUGGUGAUUGACCACAAUUACCUUUAGUCAGAAUUCGACAUUCAAACACGAUGCAUGUGCACUCAAUAUAACAAUAUUGCGUAAAUUUUGUGUUAUAAAGAUAAACCAAUGCCUUCGAUGCUUUUAUAAAGAACACAAAUAGUUCAAGAUCAAAUAACAAAUUUCACGGCAACACUUUUCAUUCGUAAAACUAUGAAAACAUUUCUUUUUCUCAAAAAUCACGAUUUGUUAUGAAUGUUAUUUACCUUUUCGACAUUUGUUAUCAAGUAAAGGAUAACAAUACAGCUCAGCCGUUUGUAGAGAGAGGACAGAAAACGCAGUCGUCAAGGCAAGCGACGCGGACGCGCCGUUUCGCUCACGUUGCGUUGAAGCGUACUGUUCUAUCUCGCUCGCUCAUUUGAAUGUUUAUUUACAGAAGUGUGUGUGUGAGAGAGAUGCAUGUAGUUGAAUCGGAGCAUAUUUUAUUUGAUGCUAGCAUGAGCGUACAGUAUCUUCCCUUUUUGUUUUCAUCUAAGUUUACAACAUUAUUUUAACUUUACUUGUAUUCUUUGAAAAUCGAAAAUAA